UCUGUUAAGAGCAAUAAUUAGGAGAAGAGCGGCCCCUCUUCCUCCUCUUCUUCUUCUUCAAUUCGCUCAAUAAAAAACGCCAAAAAAAUAUUUAAAGCUUCGGGGUAGCCAUGGAUAGAGCUAGCACAAUUUUGGUGGCGUUUCUGCUUUGCCUCUCCAUCGCGAGGGCAGAGGACCCUUACCUGUUCUACACUUGGAAGCUAACCUAUGGCACCAUUUCACCUAUGGGUAUACCUCAACAAGGCAUCCUCAUCAACGGCCAAUUCCCAGGUCCUAAGAUCAAUUGCACUUCCAACAACAACGUUAUUGUUAACGUUUUCAACGAGUUAGAUGAGCCAUUGUUGUUCACUUGGAGUGGCAUCCAACAAAGGAAGAAUUCAUGGGUUGAUGGCACUUUGGGGACCAUGUGCCCUAUCCUGCCCGGGACCAACUUUACCUAUAAAUUCCAGGUGAAGGACCAGAUUGGAAGCUAUUUUUAUUUCCCUACCACGGGUAUGCAACGUGCCGUGGGUGGCUAUGGUGCAAUCAAUGUCCAUAGCCGUGAGCUCAUCCCUAUUCCAUUUGAUAGGCCUGCCGAGGAGUUCAAUGUUUUUGUGAGUGAUUGGUAUAACAAAGGGCAUAAGACAUUGAAGAGGAUUCUUGAUAAUGGUCAGACCAUUGCUAGGCCUGAUGGGUUGGUGAUCAAUGGGAAGCAUGGGAAGGUAGGGGAGAAACUUAACCCACUUUUCACCAUGGAACCAAGCAAGACUUAUAGGUAUAGGGUUUGCAAUGUGGGGUUGAGAACUUCGGUUAAUUUUAGGUUCCAAGGACAUCCAAUGACCUUGGUGGAGAUGGAGGGUUCACAUACUGUUCAAAAUGUAUAUGAUUCCCUUGAUCUCCAUGUUGGCCAGUGCCUCUCGGUUCUUGUGACGGCAAAUAAAGAGGCUAAGGACUAUUACUUGGUCGCCACAAGCAGAUUUUUCAAACAAGAAUUCUCCACCGUGGUUGUUAUUAGCUACUCCAAUGGCAAAGGCAUUACCGCAUCCCCGGAGCUUCCACCGGCCCCGCCUGUAAACACCGAGGGCAUCGCUUGGUCCAUCAACCAGUUUCGGUCGUUUAGGUGGAACCUCACCGCUAGCGCCGCCCGCCCCAACCCGCAAGGAUCCUACCACUAUGGCCAAAUCAACAUCACUCGCACCUUAAAACUCGUAAGCUCCAAGACCACAAAGGGCGGAAAGCUCCGAUACGCAAUCAACGGUGUCUCCCACACGGACUCAGACACCCCGUUAAAGCUUGUCGAGUACUUUGAAAUCCCUGAGAAGGUAUUCAAGUACGACAUCAUGGGUGAUAACCCUCCAGACAAUCUGGAAAAGGUGACUGUAGCACCCAAUGUCGUCAACGCCACAUUUCGCAACUUCAUCGAGAUCGUAUUCGAAAAUCGUGAAAAGACCAUCCAAACCUACCACCUCGACGGUCACUCCUUUUUCGCAGUGGCAAUUGAGCCAGGGAGAUGGAGCCCAGAGAAGAGAAAGAAUUACAACUUGGUGGACGCUAUAAGUAGGCACACCAUUCAAGUCUACCCCAACUCCUGGGCUGCCAUCAUGACCACUUUGGAUAACGCUGGAAUGUGGAACCUAAGGUCGGAAAUGUGGGAGAAGACUUACUUGGGACAACAAAUGUACUUCAGUGUUCUUUCUCCGGAAUGUUCAUUGAGAGAUGAAUACAAUAUUCCAGAUAACCAGCUUCUCUGUGGCUUGGUCAAGGGCAUGUCUAUGCCUCAUCCUUACACCAUUUAAGGGGUUGGUUAAAAUACUUUAAAGAAAAAAUAUGUAUAUACUUAGUGUUGUAGAGAGGGAUGGGUACGGUGGAAUUCUAGAGCAUGACUCUAGUCUUUCCAAUUUGGCGUUAAUCUCAUGAAUGAAAUAAAUGAAAAAAUAAAAAUAAAGAAAAAAAAAGAAGAAGAAGAAGAGGAAGAGGUUUGGUAUCCUUAAUAUUGAUGUUGCUUGUGUUAAA